UCUAUUUUCAAAUCAAUUCCAAGGAUCCAAUUGCCCAAAUCGUGAAUGGUGAAAGCCGAACUCUUUUCCUCUCCUCCACUCUCUUGUACAGACGGCUCAAACUCCAUUCUAUAAUUCCAUUCAAAUCAAAGAAGCAGCAGCACCGACGCCACGAGGAGGAGAAGGAGUUGCCGGAGCCCAGAGCCGCCAACGAUAUGAUCUGCUGCCGUCUGCCAUUUCUACCUUCUGGUCUCGACUGAUGAUUGCUGGGGAAAUCAAGAUAACGCAUUUUUGAGGACCCCAAAGCUGUAAGAUCUGGAAGGGCAUCUAAAUUGAGCACGUGAAAGUAAUUGCUCUUCCCCUUCCCUGAAUGUGGUAUUUUAGUUAGUACCAAAGUGUUGCAAGUUCAAGUGCAGUGGGAAUCGGAUGGAUGAUUUUUUGAAGAGCAACACAUUUGCAACCCAUGCAGUUGCUGCUGUAGGGUCUGUGGCAUUAGGCACUGCUCUCUCCUACCCUCUUGAUACUCUCAAAGUCCUUGUGCAGGUGGGCUCUGGUUCUAGGAAACCGCUAUCUAUGGCUCAGGUUCUCGAUAGAGUCCGAGCUAUCUCUGGAUAUUCAGGUUUGUACAGUGGUAUUGGUUGGUUGAUUACUGGUAGAGCAUUUGGCUUGGGAUUUCGCUUUGGUGUUUAUGAGAUAUUGACAGCAUUCUAUAAAGAUGGUCGUGAAGACAAUUAUGUGUAUUUCUCUGAAGCUCUAAUGGCAGGACUUGCUGCUGGAAGUGCGGAGUGUCUUGUAAGCUCUCCAUUUGAACUUAUUAAACUCCGUGCCCAGGUGGCUUCUGCUUCUCGCAUUUCACGCCCUCCACCCAUUGCUGAAAUGAGUGCUGUUCCUCCUUUAAUUGCAAGGUUACUGCCUGGAUAUUCACUGGACAUGAGGGCAAUGAGUAGCUCGGUCGGCCUUUUGUCCACCUUGAAUAAACAUGCCAAUACAAUAGAUGCGUUGAAAGAAUAUCCAUGGAUGAUGACAGGAUCUGGGAGACCUCCACCUGUCAGUAAUGUUAGAAGGCCAUCAGAUGUAAUCAGUUUGGAAGGAUGGGGUGCUCUAUGGAGAGGCCUUAGACCUGGAUUAGUCCGAGAUUCCAUUUUUGGUGGUGUAUUUUUUUCAAGCUGGCAAUUUUUACACAGAGCGAUGCUGGAAUGGAAAGCGGUUGGAAUGGAUCCGAUACCCAGGUUCGAUGAAGAAAUUGGUCCAUUGUCUCCAGUAGCUGUUAGUCUUGCAGCUGGAGUUUCUGGUUCAAUAGCUGCAGCUGCUUCUCAUAGUUUCGACACAGCCAAAAGUCGAUCACAGUGCAUUGUGCUCCCUAAGUUUGUAUCCAAGGAGAGGAAAUUCCUCAAAUGGAAUAGACCUGGAAAGAGAUUUGAGAGACUCACCGGGAUCCACCCUGCAGAUAGGAAUAUACUGAUGAAUGGCAUAUGGCUGCGGAUGGCUCGUUCUGGACUUGCAUCGUUUGUGGUUGUCGGAACUUACUUCUGGGCAGUUGAUCACCUGGUUUCGCCAUGAAUAGUAAGACAGCUUUAUUUCUUAUGGAAUGAAAUGGCAUUCUUCUUUGAUUCUUAGCGAGAAAUCUUCGAGUGCUGCCACUAUACAAUUUAUCUUAUUGAAGAGUUCAUCUUGUUGAGUAUGCAAGUUAGACUUGCUAGAAAGGAAAUUUUUGUUAGUAAAAAAUAAUUUUGAAAAUCAUGAUUGGUAAAAUAAGUUUUGACUUGCAAGAUUUGUAAUAGAUUUUGUUAAGUCUUUAAACUUUGCUCUCUCUUGUAAUCUUUAUUCCUAUGUAGUGGACUUUGUUGUACCUUAAAAUUAUUAUGUAGUGGAGGAUGGACAUCAGCCAUUGUAAGCUAAAUUUGGACCGAAUUAUCUACGGCUCCCAAAUUUUAAAAAUUUGCAUUCCAAAUAA